ACUAGCAGCAGUGCUAAACCCACAAACACCACACCCUGCAACAAUUACCCCGAGUUCUGCGACCGCCAGUAUGGCAACAUCACCGAGGUUUGUGCCCACAACUCCGCUUUUGACAAACCUGGCAACCUUGCAUCCAACCAAGACCGCACCAUCACUGUCCAGCUCAACGAUGGUAUCCGCAUGAUUCAGGGCGAGACGCACUACGUCAAUGGCUCCAUCUGGAGUUGUCACACGUCUUGCGACCUUUUGAACGCCGGACCUUACCUCGACGAACUCAACACAGUUGGCGAUUGGGUCCGUGAUCACCCAUAUGAUGUCGUGACCAUCCUCAUUGUCAACAGCGAUUUCAUUGAGCCCGGAAACUACAGCGAGGUUCUUCAGCAGUCCAACCUGAAGGACUACCUCUACGAGCCUCCAUACAUCCCCAUGCGUCUCGACCAGUGGCCAACUCUGUCCGAACUCAUUCUGUCUCAGAAGCGCGUAAUUGUCUUCAUGGACUACAACGCAGACCAGACCAAAUACCCCUACAUUCUUGACGAGUUUACUCACAUUUGGGAAACUCCUUUCUCUCCUACUGAUCGUGCCUUCCCUUGCGACACUCAGCGCCCUCCCAAUCUCAACCAGGAAACCGCCAGAAACCAGUUGAUGUACCUCGCCAAUCACAACCUCAACACAGACGUUUCCCUGUUCGGCCAAAACAUCCUGAUCCCCAACUCUGCAGAGUUGAACGUCACCAACGCAGCUACCAUCGAAUACGGCUCUCUCGGACUAGCCAACCAAAACUGUACUGCUAUGUGGAACCGUCCUCCUACUUGGUUGUUGGUCGAUUAUUACGAUGUCGGAAAGGGCUCUGUUUUCGAGGUUGCCGCCAAGGCUAAUGGUGUCACCUACGACAGACCCUGCUGUGGUGCUACUUCCACCUCAGCAGCU